UCAGAUCCUUUCUCCUCCUUUCACGUCCACUUGGUUGUACAUGAACAUCAGGAGCGUGUUGGCGCGCCUGUUCAUUUCCGCCAAAGCUCAGACCCUUUUGCGCCCAUGUUCUGAAUCCGCUCCAGCCUUAACACCAUGUCCACCGGCUCCCUUAGCGACGUCGACGACGAGCUCCUGGACGGCAUCCUCAAGUUUGGCUACUCGGGGAAGGACUCCAAUGAAAGCACGGAGGAGAGCUCCUCCAACUGCGAGGGCACAUGCGCAAACGAGGACGCAAGAGACGCGCGCUCCGGCAAGAAGCGGAAAACGGCGAGCCGCAAAAGCGCGCGUAAAUGUGUGGCGCAGCAAGAGGGCAAGCAGGUGCAGAGGAACGCGGCCAACGCGCGGGAGCGAGCCCGGAUGCGCGUGCUGUCCAAAGCCUUCUCGCGGCUGAAGACGUCGUUACCGUGGGUACCACCGGACACCAAACUGUCAAAACUGGACACCCUGCGCCUGGCGUCCAGCUACAUCGCGCAUCUCCGGCAGAUUCUGGCCAACGACAAGUACGAGAACGGAUAUAUUCACCCCGUUAACCUGACGUGGCCUUUCAUGGUGGCGGGGAAACCGGAGAACGAGCUGAAGGAGAUGCACACAACUCGGUUGUGCGGGACAACUGCAUCAUAAUGCAAACCAAAGGACUUCAAAAAUUCUGACGGAUUUCCAAACGAUUUUUUUUUAUUGUGACUGAAAUGCAAAUCUCAUCUCUGCAGGCUGAGUGGGAACAACAGAGGGAGCGCGCGCUCUCUCUCUCGUUCCUGUAACAGAAGACAUAUUUAAAUGCCUUAUUUCACCUGCUGUCUUUGCUGGUUCAAAGAUAAUCUUUGUUUAUUUUUUAUCACUGCUUUUUGGAAAAAAUGAAUCUACAGGUGCAUUUUUGGGGCCUGCGUCAUGGUGGAUGGACAAACAUUGCUGUACAGAUUGCAUGAAAAAAAUAUAUAUAAAUCUAUAUUUGUACCGAUUUAAACCUCUGAAUGUGUUUUUAUUUGAACUUUCCUGUGUGGCCCGCUUCCUUGACCUGUAGUAAUCCCCUGUUAUCAGUCAGAAUUGCAGAACCUGCACCGACAAAGCGCUCGUGGAGAUAAGAGCCUCUGUUAUUUCUAAAGAUAACAACGUUCUUAAUGUCACAUAAUCAAUCAUUCCACAUAAAAACACUAAAAUAUAGUUAUUUUACUGUAAACACGUUAAACUGUAUUCAUCAAUCAUAAAAACGUUAAAUUCAGCCCGUGGUUUUAACGCGGCUCUUGAGCGUCACACGCAAUUUACUCUAAAGUUGAUUGGUUGGGCUGUGUGGGUUCAGCCAAUGGGAAGUGAGGAUGUAGGGUGAGGUGAGAGGGUGUUUUAAAUGAAUUGAGAGUGGUGGAAAACCUGCUCCCCGAGAACUGCAGCCUACCAGGGCCAGUUGUUUUAAUUCUCCCGGGUUGUGACCGCUGUGUUUACGUUAGGCCGACAGUUAUUUAUGCGCCCUGACACGCGGCCUCUCUCCGCUGUUUCUCAAAGAAAGAGACCGCAGAGUAAGUCUUUGAGAAGAGCAGCAUACAAGAUAGAAAAACAGAAUAUUUAAUCCCUUUAUUUAGCUCCGCUUAUCUUUCACAACCAUUCAUGCGUUUAAUUUCACAUUUGCACCAACCUUUGGAAAACGGUUCCUAAUCCCUGCAGAUGUUUGUUUUUCUGAUGUCUCUAUUAACCAUCUGAAAAGUAAAAAAGAAACUUGCAUUAACGUAUUAAAUUAACCUCUAAGUGUAAAAUAAUGCUCUAUGAGAAAACUCGAAUGUCAACAUGGCGGUCAAACUUAGAUGUCAAGAUGUUUAACUAUGACGUCAUUGAGGUUUGAAACUAUAUUUCCAAAGUGAUAUUCGUUCUGACAUUUUAUUAUUUUUUUCAGGUGUAAAAAAAUAAUAAACAAAGAUUUUUAAAUGUGCCAUGUCCAGUAACACCUAUUUACCACAAAAACUGAUAUUUACACUUCUUAACAGAUCUCAGAAGGGUUCCCUUUAUUUGAUAUAAUUUUAAUAUAUUAAUUUAUUUAUGGGCAUGUGAAGAAGAUAUUUCAGAAGGACGCCUAUAGGGUCCUAUCUAUAGGGUGGUUACGUGUUUCAUUUACUGCCUUUGAAAUGUUGCUCAUUAACUAACCACUAAAACGUUUAAUUGUUUUCUUUUGAUUAAUCUACGCAAGAAAAAAGUCAUUGCAUUUAAAAAAAAUCACUUUAUUGUUUUAGUUUAUUAAACGUUGGAUAUAGAUGUCACCUAAAUGCAUGCAAUCUAAGAGGCUGUGGUAAUAUGUUUCCUACAAUCUGAGCUGCUGUUAAAGAAAUAUUUGCAUAUUUUUUUAUUU